UCUAUUUUUAUUCCAAGAGAAUUUGCUCCUUAGAUGGACGAUUCAAUACUAAAUUUGAUAGUAUUUGGAGUUGUAUCAUGGACAACAUUAUUUUUAUUAACAAGAAAGUUGUUCCCAAAUCGUACUUUCGAUUUUUGCAAUCGUUUAGUUUCAACUAUUCAUGCAAUUUUAGCAGUAACUUUAAGUUUAAUUUCUGUUCAAGAUUGGAAUUGUCCACUUUGUCCUUUGGCUUCAAGAUCUUCUCACAAACAGAUGAGAGCAUUGGCAGUGACAGUAGGGUACCUUAUUUAUGAAUUUGUAUGUUGUCUUUUUGACAAACAAGUGAAGAUUGAUAACUUAAUUCAUCAUUUGGUGAGUGUUGUUGGACUUGGAGCUGGCCUUGCCUAUGAAUGGUGUGGUUCAGAAAUGGUAGCAGCAUUGUGUGUGACAGAGAUUUCUAGUCCAUUUUUACACAUGAGGGAGAUUCUCAAAGAGAUUGGAUACAAAGACACUGACUUUAAUCUUGCAGCUGAUGUUUUAUUUGCAGUGAUUUUUAGUUGUGCUAGGAUGAUAGGGGGGCCAUAUCUAACUUAUGUGACUCUUUCUGCUGAUAAUCCAAUUCUCAUUAAGGCCAUGGCUUUGGGAUUGCAACUUGUUAGUGCUUUUUGGUUCUACAAAAUUGCUAGGAUGAUUAUGUACAAAUUUUCUAAGAGGAAUAAAGCUAAAAUUGUUCAUUUAAUUAGGUAAUUUGCGCAUAAUUUGUACGAAAGAAUUUUUUUAAUAAAUUCUUGUGUAUC